CGCCAAUCUAAUACUCCACCACGAACUGUUGUACCUUUACACUUAUCUAUCAGUUGCUUCUUUAUAAUUUCAUCGAAACAUCAUGGAAAGCACAAAAGAGGGAGAAUCUAUUAGGUAAUUUUGAUCGUAUAUAUGAAGCUCUUAGAGUGGUUUAACAUUUCUUCAUAUAGUUCUCUGUAACUUUUCCUCUUCCAUAAUCUUCCUGCAAUUCUUCAAGUUCUAGUUUCAUCUAUGCCUAUCACUUUUCUUUUGUAGCAAACAAGUAGAGCGAAAUGUCUUUGAUUUCAUCUUCCACUGUCCCCCCAAAAACAAACUAUGAUGUAUUCCUUAGUUUUAGAGGCUCUGAUACACGCAUAAAUUUUACUAGCCAUCUUUAUGCUGCUUUAAGGCGAAGUCAUAUCACAACAUUCGUUGAUGAUACUCGCCUUGAGAGAGGAGAAGAGAUAUCUCCAAAUCUUUUGAAAGCUAUUGAAGAAUCAAAGAUGUCAAUCGUCAUUUUCUCCAAAUAUUAUGCCUCCUCUCGCUGGUGUUUGACUGAACUUGUGCAUAUAAUCGAGUGUAUGAAGUCGAUAAAACGGAUGGUUUUACCAAUUUUCUACCAUGUAGAUCCAACUGAUGUUAGAAACCAAACUGGAAUUUUUGCAGAUGGGUUUUUGAAAGUUAAAGAAAGAUGCGGGGAUGUAGAGAUGAUUGAGAGGUGGAUCUCUGUUUUGAAGGAAGCAGCCAAUCUAUCUGGAUGGGAUUCAAACAAUUACAGGAGUGAGUCAGAAUUAUGCGAGGCCGUUGUCAAGCAAAUUUUGAAUAAGUUAUAUCCUGCAUACUAUAGUGCUUGCAGCAACUUAUGUGGGAUUGACUCACACAUCAACAAACUCCUCUCUUUCUUAUCUCUUGGUUCAAAAGAUGUUCGGUUUAUUGGAAUUUGGGGAAUGGGAGGAAUAGGAAAGACAACUAUUGCCGAAGUUCUCCUUAGUCGAAUAUCUGAUCAAUUUGAUGAUUGUUGCUUUGAGAGCAAUAUUAGGGAAAAAUCAGAGAAAGAUAAGCCAGUUCAUUUGCGUAAAUGUCUUUUUUCCAAACUUCUGCAAAAUGAAAAUUUAAGCAUGGAAAUGUAUCAUGUAAUUCCAACUUUUGUUCUCGAUAUGCUUAGACGGAAGAAAGUUUUCAUUGUUCUCGAUGAUGUCAAUGAUUUUGAACAAUUAGAGGCUUUAGCUGGAAAUCAUGAUUGGUUUGGUCCCGGAAGUAGAGUCAUUGUAACUAGCAGGGAUAAAGAAGUACUCAACAAUGGAGUUGAUGAUAUAUAUGAGGUCAAGGGAUUAAAAGAUUCCGAUUCUUUUCAAUUAUUGAGUAUGAAAGCCUUCAAACAAAAGCAUCCUCCAAAAGAUUUUAUAGAGUUGUCAGUAAGGGUAGUAAAAUAUGCUAAAGGUGUUCCAUUAGCCCUUAAAGUUUUGGGCUCUCAUCUAUGCAAAAGGUCUCAAAAGGAAUGGGAAAGUGCAUUGGAUAAACUAAAACAAUUUCCGGAUUCUAAGAUUCAGAAAAUCUUAGAAGUAAGUUAUGAUAUGCUGGAACAAAAUGAGAAGGAUAUAUUUCUUGAUAUAGCUUGUUUCUUCAAAGGACAGGAUAAAGAUUGGGUAGAAGAUAUACUAAAUGGAGGUGGUGCUGCAAGUAUGGGGAUAAAUCGUCUGAAAGAUAAGUGUCUCGUUGUCAUUGAUAAAAAUAAGUUAGAGAUGCAUGAUUUAAUACAAGAAAUGGGUCAGGAUAUUGCUCGACGAACGGAUAGCCAAUUAUGGAAUUCCACAAACAUUUAUGAUACUUUAAUAACUGAGAUGAUGAAGGAAGCAGUUGAAGGCAUAUUCUUGGACAUGUCUAAAAUUGGAAAGGUACACUUGCAUCACACAGUCUUCUCGCGGAUGCCUAACUUAAGAUUGCUAAAAUUUUAUAGGUCUUGGCCUCGGUUAAAGGACACAAAUAUAGAUGCUAUAUUUGAAACUAGUCAAACAAAGGAGCUUCAAUUUCUCCCCAAUAAGCUAAGAUUACUCCAUUGGGAAGACUAUCCAUACAAAUCUUUGCCGUCAAACUUUUUCAUGGAAAAUCUUGUUGAACUUAACAUGAAGGGGAGCAAGGUCGAGCAACUAUGGAAUGGAAACAAGUGUCCUCAAAGGUUAAAAUGGCUUGUUCUUUCUGAAUCCAAACACUUGAAAAGUCUUCCAGAUCUCUCUUCGGCUUCAAACCUUGAGGAGAUUAUCCUUUCAAGUUGUAAAAAUCUAAUCGACAUUCCUACAUCCAUUCAGUGUCUGCACAAACUUGUUGCUCUUGAUCUGCAUGGCUGCGAGAAGCUGCGGACUCUUCCAAAACUUGCACAGUUGGAAUCUCUUAGGUUUCUUUGUCUUGUUGAGUGCUCAAAUUUGCAGAUGCUUCUAGAGGUACCAAGAGGAAUAGAAAUAUUAGAAUUAGAAGGUUGUGGGUUAGAAGAGUGGUCUCAAGAUCAUAGAUUUUUCAGCAAUCUUGAAUUCCUAAGUAUUCAGCAGUGUAAAAACCUUCGAAGCCUUCCUAGUAUUUAUUUGAAUUCUAUUGAGAAACUUAGUCUGAGGUAUUGUUCAAGUCUCAACAAGCUGCCAGGAAUUACAGGAAAUAAUAUAAAAGAGUUAGAUUUAAGUUACACUGCAAUAGAAGAGUUGCCAUCGACAAAUGAACGUCUCUCUUCUCUUUAUGAGUUAGAUGUGGAGGGGUGUAAAAGGCUCGAGAAUCUAUCAGUCAACAUUUGUCUAUUGAAAUCCCUUGGAAGGCUUAAUCUCAGUGGCUGCUCAAAACUUAGCAAAUUGCCCGAUUUACAUGGUUUGUGCUAUUUGAGACAGUUGUUUCUAAACAACUGCAAUAAACUCGAAGGUUUGCCCAAACUUCCAAGCCAACUAGAAGUACUUGAAGCAAGUAAUUGUAGGUUGCUGAAAACUGCAGUAUCAUGCAUUAGACCCAUAGAACCUGGGCAACUGAGGGGAGCUGCUUUCAAAUUUAAUUUUGUGAACUGCUUAAAUUUGGAUCAGAAUGCACGUAGCAAUAUCAUGGGAGAUGCGGAGCUGAGAAUUAAAGAAAUAGCUAUUUGCAUGGUAAAGGAAUUGCAGCUGUUUUAUCUUGAUUUUGAUCUUGCUUUACCUGGAAGUGAAACUCCAGAGUGGUUCAGCUUUCAAACCCCAGGAUCUUCAUUGAAUGUUGAUCAGCUCUUUCCAUCUAACUUUAUUUCUACACUCCUAGAUUUUGCUUUUUGUAUUGUUGUAGAGUACCAGGGUCCUGCUGUUACCCUCAAGGAAUAUUCUCAUUUUUAUCUCUUAGUUACAUGUAAAUGUUGUCUCAAAACCACAAAAGGAAACCGACAGGCUACAAUCACUCAUUAUAUAUAUCAUGGCUGGCCUCCCUUUGAAUCAGACCAUGUGUACCUCUGGUACAACCACCCAGAGACUCGUGACCUGAGCGGCUGGCUCAGACAGAACCGUGACAGUGUCUAUGAAGCCUCGUUCCAGUUCGAAGCAAAAUGUGUACAUGGAGGAAAUGUAAAAUUGAAGAGGUGUGGCGUCCACCUGUUGUCCGCUGGAAAUGAGAGUAGAAGUCAAGCAACAGAUGUAAAUUUCAUGUGGAAGAGCCUACAAAGCGUGAGAGACAGUCUGCACUCCAGACUCACAGUGAUCUACGAGGAAGAGGAGCAACCGCCGACAAGAUUAAAACAACUCCCCAGAUUUUAUAAGCUACAUGGGUAUAGUAGUCUUUGGUAAUAUUCGAAGAUGGUGGAGAUUGGUGAACGAAUCCGACUGGAGAAGCGAGUUCAGGAACGGCAAACACUAACUCGUUGAAUCGCACUGGCUAUGGUGAUCCACUUAGUCUUCAAAGUUCUGAUAAUCUUGGUACGAUGCUAGUCUCUUCUCCUUUGAUUGUUAGCAAUUAUUAGCAAAUUGCAAAUUAGGUUUUAUUAAUAGAAGAAGAGAAAUUCCAAUUGAGGGAUCUGUUGAAUUUGAUUUGUGGCAAAGAUGUGAUUUCAUGGUCACAUCUUGGAUCCUUAACUCAAUUUCGAAGGAUAUGGUGGAAUCCUUUCUUUAUACCACAAAUUCAAAAGAACUUUGGGAUGAGCUUGCUGAGUCGCUGAGAGCAAUGGACCCAUGGUAUAUCAGAUUCAGAGAAACAUUGCGUCUGUCUCAUAGGCCAAUGCUUCAAGAGGCAAAAUGAGCUUUUAUUUUUACAAAUUAUGAGGAGGCAACUUCAAUAUUUUAUAACUUUAUUUCUUAGAACAUUGUUCCAUUUCUUGAAUUCGAAGAACAGAAUAAAUAUCCAAUUUAGCCUUUAAAAUUUGGGGAAAAAAAA